GAAAACUGAAAUCUUCAUGACAUAAUGUUGAUGCUGGUGAAAGAGGAGCUUGAGAAGAUGACAAAUCCACAACCAUGCAGAAUAAAGGAUGAAGAUACCGAGGAACAAAUAGAUAUGAUAGAAGUGAAAAAGGAGAGUCAAGCUGAAGUGGAUGAGAAACAUGAGAUUGUAAAAAUAAACCAUAAUGUUUCAGAAAUAGGAACUCUUAGAAGAGAAGACAUAAAGUGUGAAAAGAGUUUCAGUGAAGAUGAACGCCCUGCAGAUCACAAGAGGACUCACAGUGAGGAGAAACCUUUCACAUGUCAACAGUGUGGAAAGAGUUUCAGAAGAAAAGAUAACCUUAAAGCACACAUGAGGAUUCACACUGGAGAGAAACCUUACACAUGUCAACAGUGUGGAAAGAGUUUCACCUUUCAAACGAACCUUAACCGCCACAUGAAAACUCACAGUGGGGAAAAGCCACACGCAUGCCAUCACUGUGACAAGGGUUUCAUAGAUAGAAGUCAACUUAAGAAACACAUAAGAGUUCACACUGGAGAGAAACCUUUAACAUGUCCACAGUGUGGAAAGAGUUUCAGAUAUAAAAGUAAACUUGAGACUCACCUGAAAAGUCACACUGGAGAGAAAUCACACUUGUGCCAUGAGUGUGGAAACAGUUUUACAGCUGCAGGUAACCUUAAGUAUCAUUCAAGAAUUCACACUGGAGAGAAACCAUACACGUGUCAACAGUGUGGAAAGAGUUUUAUAUGUUCAAGUGACCUUACGAGACACACAAGAAUUCACACCGGAGAGAAACCACACGCAUGCCAUGAGUGUGGAAGCAGUUUUACAACUGCAGGUAACCUUAAGAAACAUUCAAGAAUUCACACUGGAGAAAAACCGUUCACAUGUCAACACUGUGAAAAGGGUUUUACAUGUUCAAGUGACCUUACAAAACACGUAAGAAUUCACACUGGAGAGAAACCACAUGCAUGCCAUGAGUGUGGAAACAGUUUUACAACUGCAAGUAACCUUAAGAUUCACAUGAGAAUUCACACUGGAGAGAAACCUUACACCUGUCAACAGUGUGGAAAGAGAUUCAUAAAUACAAGUAACCUUAAGAGACAUGCAAGAAUUUACCACGUAGAGAAACCUCACACGUGUCUUUGGUGUGAAGAGACUUUCAGUAAUCAAAGUAGACUUGAGACACACAUGAGACUUCACACUGUAGUGAAACCAUUUGCUCACGGUCAAACGUGACUUCACAGUAAACAAACAUGAUGGACAACGGUCAUAAAGAAAUGUCAUUAAUACUGUUGACUGUAUUUUAUAUCUCCGAUGUCCAUCUCACUUUGGACUGUGCCUGCUGCGCCAAUACUGUAGUUGUUAUGGUUCGUCUUUUAUCAGCUCGCUUUCUGAUUGGUUAUUAUUUUGUUUCACAUGAGUACAGCGUGAGUGUGUGUUGGUCCUAAAGGUUCGCCCCACAUAACAGGUUUUCUGUUCGUAUAUAUUUAACAUGUUGAAUAUUUCUGAUUUGCGACGGGAACGCCUCCGCCAUGUUUCCGAGCAGAUUUAGACGCUCUUCACUUUUUUAAAAUAUGUUCAUUUUCCUGCUCCCCUAGAGUUAACAUUUGAUUCUUGAAAUCCAUUCAGCUGAUCUCCAGGUCUGGCGCUAGCACUUUUAGCA